AUGACCAAGAGUAAAAGACUUCUCCAGACAUACUUGAACAAUAAAGAAUGUUUUUCUUCUGAAGAGUUGGUAGAUGGAUUCAAAAGGUGCGAUGUGAAAGAAGACGUAUGGAAAUUAGGUCUAUGUUUUUUGGUAGACUCUCUUUUAUUACCUAGUGAACCAAAGAAGAAAUGCUUUAUUGAUGUCCUUUCCAUGGUGGAAAAUGAAGAUGACUUCUUCAACUAUCCUUGGGGGAGAUUAUCGUACGAGAAGACAUUAUUCGGCUUGACAAAAGAUAUGGAAAGGCUAAGGAAUAAAUACUUGAAGAAUGUUGAGCAAAAGAGAAAAAGACCAGCACCUCAAUACACAAUUUAUGGUUAUGCCAUUGCUUUGCAAUAUUGGGCCUAUGAAAUUUUCACAAAGUUCUCUGCAUUUGUUGAUCAACAACCCCUUGCCUUUCCAAGAAUGCUUAGCUGGUCAGCGCAUAAAAUGCUGAAAGAGAAAGAUAUUGAAGGUGUAUUUAAGAAAAAAAGUAAUCUUGUGAAGGCCACGCUCAAUCCAAGACCCGAAGAGAAAGAAUUUCAUGACUCUAUUAUUCAAGGACCAGAUGAACUACUCAUGGGACGUGUUAUUAGCUUUGUAGACGAUGAUGUGGAAUUGGAGUUUGAAAGGGAAGAACGUGAGGAAUCUCCCACAAAGCCCGAUGUAGCAGAUGGGCAUCGUCAUGAGCAAGACAAGAAAGAGAUACCAACUCCAAUUAACACCCACCAUGAAAAGUUGUUAGCUGAUAUUGACACUUUGAAAAGUAACCAACAAAGAAUGGAGGAGAAGUUGGAUUAUCUAAUUGAAUUAGUGCUCUCGCAACGUAAAGGUAGUGAUUCUGAGGAUUCAUUAUCAGAUGAGCAUCUUGCUUCACCACACCAGAAGGAGGGUUCCAACGAAAAGAAUUUUUGGUUCCGAGUUUACUGA